GGUUGUAGUACUGAAUGCAUCUAUUGUAGAACUAGCCUUAAAUGAGUGUCCUCUAAACGAAGUAAAUAAACAAGCCGGUAAAAAGUAUAUUCAAAUUAUUCACAUAGCUUGUCAUCAUAAGCACAUGCUUGGAAAAUAAGCAUUUUUGAUACGUUGCAGUGUGCGUGAUACAAUACAAAAUAUAUCUUAUAAACAUGGACAAAUUUAAACUAAUUAAUUGGAAUGUUCCUUUAGAAAAUUUGAUAGACGAUGUAUUCAUUAGUGAUGAAAGAAUACAAAGAGACAGUGCGACAUACCAAAUUAUAAAUGGUAUCUUUAAAGAUCCAUUUGAUAAUAUAGAAGAAGAUUAUACUGAGGUUAACACACAAUUGUUAAAAUGUUUUAAUGAAAAUGUCAGUGAUCUAGAUAAGGAUGAAGAUGAAGAAAAUUUUACAAUUAAAGAACAAGAAGAACAACAUGAACAAAACACCAAAAAUCUCCAAAAACACCAGAAGAAACAAGAGAUUGUAAACAAUAAAAAGUCUUACAUACCUGGAAUCAAAAAACAACCAAUUAAUUUUCCUAGGAAAUCAAGUUUAAAUUGUGAACAGCAAGCUACAUGCACUCGUGCUUUGUUGCGACUCCUUAGCAAUCAAAUAAUAUCAAUAUCAGCAGAAGAGAAAACUGAGCUUGAACAUUAUAUGGCAUUACAAAAAGUAAUAUCUGCAGAACAAAGUGAAUUUCUGAAAUUUGCAAAGAAGAUGUGGGAUGAAGAUACUUCAUGGUGUAUUAAACACGAAAUAUAUAUAGAAUUAAAGUGGGGUAAACAAAUGAUUGAAUUGAAGAAACUUCCCCGAUACUAUGUAGAAUCUUCAAAUGUUCCAUUUUCUUCAAAUAAAAAUGUUACUGUGAAAUGUGUUUCUUAUUUACAGCAAGGUGUGCUUUCAAAAGUGGUACUGCCAAAAUUUGAUGAGCCAUAUAUUUUGGAGAUGGAUAAUACGACAUUAUUCAAGAAAUACCCAGUGUGCUUAUCAUCAUCAUUACCUCCCUUUAAAUUACCUGUGAGCGAGGAUAUAUAUUGUACGAAUUUUGCAGAAGAGGCUAAAGUAGAUUUAGUCAUUUCAUCCAGUGGUCUUAAGUGCAUAGUGAACAACAUUGGCUCAGAUUACUCAAACUCUUGGACUAUACCAGUAAUUAUAAAGCCACAUAAUGGAAAGAAUGUUAUUUAUAUCGAUAAAAAAUUACCACCUGUUGCCGCCACUGCAUCGCAGAAAAACACUUGGGUGUACAAAUAUAUUCUUAGGCAUUGUCUUGUUCCUACUGAAAUUAAAUCACCAAAAAAAGAGGUAACAUCUACAGAAAAAGACGAACCACUCUCCGAGGUCGAUGAGGAAUUUAACGAAAUAUCCAGUUUUUUAAUGAGUGACGACGAAAUCAAUCUUGAAAAAAAUCCCUUAUCUUCAACGAAUAUGCAAGAAAAAAAGAACGUAACAUACAAGCUCUUCACAAUAGGACCAACGGAAUCACAAGACCAAUAUAAAUUGUUAAAAGAUAUUCCAAAAGAAUAUCAAAUAUUGGUUCGGACUAAAACAAAUUUUAUUGAGGUGUUACCGAACGGACAGUUGCAAUCUCUAAUAUUAGUGCCAAAACUGGAGCAUCAGUUAUCAUUAGGAGCAGAAGCUGCAACAUUGGAGGAAGGUUUGCAGCAAUGGGUGUCACUAGUGUUUAGUCCAAAUACAUUAUUAGCUCGAGUCAGGAUAGCAGCAGAAUCAGGAGAAGUAAUACAAAUAGAAAGACACACAGCAAUGUCUUUGAGCAAUGAGAUAAAAAGACUUCACAACGUCAAGGUGGAAGAUUCUUUAUCACUUUUACAUAAUGUAAUUGAGAGAUUAUCCUGUCUAAUGCCUGGCCGAUACAUUAUGCGACAUAUCGCACAACAUGGACCGUUUGCAUACGUUUAUAAAAAAGUUGAAGAAUGUGGGAAAAACACCUUUGAUUUACACUCAAUUUAUGAAACGUUCAAGACAAUUCCUGUCACACCGUGGCCACCUAUAGACACAAUGUUAAUGACUCCGACACUCAAACACUUUAAUAAAAUGCCUGCUAUGUUUAAUCCAUGUAAAAUUAAAACAUUCGAGUCGUCAAACAUGACUCCAGGAACUUCCGGAGUCAAGCAACAUACAACGAAAAAACAAAAUAUCUCUAAAUCAACAGUUCCUGUUCGACGAAGUCUUAGAGAGAAAAGGCCAAGUAGAAAACUUGCUGACAUAUAGUUUUCUGAAAUGUGUGCAUAUAAAUCAUUGUAGCGUGUAGAAAUAAGUAUGUUACCAGCAAAAUGAAAAAUCCGAUAUUGUAUAGAAUACGUAGGUAUUAUAUUUAUCAUAUAAAAAUUAUGACAUAUAGAUAUUUUAUAAAAUGCCUAGAUAUUCUAUAUAUUCAAGACAUGAAUUUUACAUGAUGCUGCUACAUAUACCUUAGUUAACCUUAAUUAAUUAAAUUAAAUUAAAAUUUAUAAAAAUUAUUAUAUACUUAUUAAAGUUAUAUAAAUAUAUAUAUAUUAGGUGAAGUAAAAAGU